AUGGCAGGACUUUUCCGUCUUCUCAAGAUGCAGUACACCCCUCCCACUGAUCCCAAGAGUGUUUCCUUCGCCGGCAAGAUCGUCCUUCUGACAGGUGCCACCUCGGGUCUCGGUUUCGAAGCUGCCACCAAACUCCUCAACCUUGGAGUCGAGUCUCUCAUUAUCGGAUCUCGCAGCAUGGAACGUGGCAACCAGGCCAAAGCCAGCCUCGAAAAGGCCACCAACCGGCGCAACGUAGUGAAAGUGUGGGAACUUGAGAUGAACAGCUUCCAAAGCGUCAAGCGUUUUGCUGACCGUGCGAACACCGAGCUUGACCGACUUGACAUUGCUCUCCUCAAUGCUGGUAUCUGGAAUCGGACAUAUAAUGUAUCUCCCGAGGGCUGGGAGGAGGACCUACAAGUUAACACGCUAUCCACCUCGCUGCUGGCGUUACUUCUGCUCCCCAAGCUGAAGAAAAGCUGCUAUGCCGAUAACCCCGCCCACCUGAGCGUUGUAUCAAGCCAACAGUUCGUCCAAGUUAAAGCCGAAAGUGUGCGCACCGACGACUUGCUGCUGCCGCAUGUGAACCAGCCUGACAACUUCAAGGGUCCCAAGCAGUAUGGGAUCUCAAAGCUUUUGCUUGAAUUCAUGAUGAAGAAAAUUGCCAAAAUGGUCCGCCACGAUGACGGUACUCAUCCUCUUAUUGUCAACACUGUGAGCCCCGGUCUGUGUGUCUCGGCCCUGGGUCGCCAAUACAAUCACUGGUGGGAGGUGUGUGUCAAGUGGGUCAUGUACAAAUUGUUCGCCCGCACCACCGAGCAAGGAAGUCGCUUGCUGGUGAGCGCGGUGCUUCAAGGAGUGGAAUCCCAAGGAAGAUGCUGGCGCAAUGAUGGAUAUCUGGAUGAGUCUGCUGCGCUGACUACCAGUCCGGAAGGAGAAGAGCUCCAAGAAAAGACCUGGGAAGAGAUCAUCGCGCUGCUGGAGGAGCAAGUUCCUGAAGUGUCCAUCAUCUCCCGGGAACUGUGA